CGCUUGUCGGGACCCAAUCAGCGUUUUUGUAUCGCUUGCCGGUGCCGGGGACUGGUCGCUAGAAGUAGCUGCAGCGUAUCAGCAUCCCUAAGCGAAUCCGAAGUUAGUGGAACCUGCGGGGUAAAGGCGAGCGAGGAUGGACCGGAUGAGUGAGGAGGCGCUGCGGCUCAACCUGCUGAAGCGCGGACUGGACGCCGCCGCCGCCGCCGCCGCCGGACACGAGCGCGCCCAGGACGAGCUGCUGGCCAAGCGGCUCAAGGUCGAAGGUCACGAGGCCAUGGAGCGCCUCAAGAUGCUGGCCCUGCUCAAGCGCAAGGACCUGGGCGGCCUGGAGGGGGUCGGCGGGGCGUCCGGCGGCCUGCUGGACCUGAAGGGGCCGUCCUCGGCCAGCGCCCACGGAGCCAUGUCCUACGCCGCCUACGAGGAGAAGAUGAACGGCAGCCUGCGCGGCGCCGCCAUGCCCCACGGCCUCAUGGGAAAGCCCGGCAAGGAGAACAUGGGCGACGAACCCGUGGAUAUGAGCGCCAAGAGGAGUGACCUGGAUCGAGAGCGGGAGCGGGACAGAGACCGCGAGCGAGAGCGUGAGCGCGAGCGAGACCGAGACCGAGAGAGGGAACGCGAGCGGCACACCCCCUCCCCUGAUGUCAUCGUUCUGUCGGACAACGAGGCCUCCAGCCCCAAGGCCACCUCCCGCGGGGAGGACCGGCUGAAGAGCGCCAACCUGGACAUGUUCAAGGGUAAGAGCUUGGAGGAGCGUCAUCAGGUGAUCAAGGCGCUGCGCGAGGAGCUGCGUCUGGAGGAGGCGCGUCUGGUGCUGCUCAAGAAGCUCCGGCAGAGCCAGCUGCAGAAGGAGAACCUCGUGCAGAAGGUCAGUCCGUCGGCCAGGCCGGUCAGACUGCAUCAGGAGUUCUCUGCACGGACGGUGCCCGUGGUGCAGAACAGCUCCUCCAUGGCGCAGGGCUCGUCGGUGCACAGUGCCCAGGGCGGCAUGGCCAAGCUGCCCGUCAGGCCGGGCAUGCACAGCCAGGAGCCACAGAACCUGCGCUCCGUGCAGGGUCAUUCUGUGAUCCGGUCAGCAGCCAACGCCAACAUGCCCCAGAUGAUGAUGUCCCAGCGGGUGAUCGCGCCCAACCCGGCCCAGCUGCAGGGGCAGAGGAUCCCGCAGAAGCAGGGGGUGAUGCGCUCCGCCCCGGGCUCCAUCAACAACACUGUGAGCUACCAGCAGGCCACCACUCAGCAGGUGUCUGCGUCCCAGCGCUCCGGCUCCUCGGCUCUCUACAUGAACCUGGCCCACAUGCAGGCGGCGGCGGCGGCAGCAGCAGCGGCGGGGGCCGGUGGCGGGGGCGGCGGCGGCAUGUCGGGCGUCUCGGGGGUGGGCGCGGCGGGCAGCCCGUCCCCGCUGCCCAGCCCUGGCGCGGCCGGAGGCCCCCAGUCCCUGCAGGACCAGGCCAGCAGCCAGGCGGCCGCCAAGCUGGCGCUGCGCAAGCAGCUGGAGAAGACCCUGCUGGAGAUCCCGCCGCCCAAGCCGCCCGCGCCGCUCCUCCACUUCAUGCCCUCGGCCGCCAACAGCGAGUUCAUCUACAUGGUGGGCCUGGAGGAGGUCGUCCAGAGCGUCCUCGACAGCCAGGGUAAAUUCGGGCCGCGCGCUCCCACCGACCCGUUUGUGUGCGCCCAGUGCAAGACGGACUUCACUCCGCACUGGAAGCAGGAGAAGAGCGGGCGCGUCCUCUGUGAGCUGUGCAUGACGUCCAACCAGAAGAAGGCCCUGAAGGCCGAACACACCAACAGGCUAAAGAACGCCUUCGUCAAGGCCCUGCAGCAGGAACAGGAGAUUGAGCAGAGGCUGCAGCAACAGCAGCAACAGCAGCAGCAACAGCAGCAGCAGCAACAGCAGCAGCAGCAGCAGCAGCAGGCGCAACAGGCCGCUCUCUCAGCCGCCAGCUCUGCCGUGACCGUCCCCAGCGUGAGCAAGGCCGAGUCCAUGAUCCGACACCACGCCCUCCGACAGUGGGAAGACUCGUGUUUUUGGACUACAUCGCGAGCUGCUAGUAACCUAAAGGCCCACCAGUCUCACCAGUCUCAGAGUAGCCAGUCUGUGGCCUCUCUGCAGCGGGGCCUGUCCAGUUCGGCGCGGGGCGUGCUCUCCAACUUCGCCCAGGCGCAGGCCUCCCAGCUGUCCGUGGCCAGCGGCCUACUGGGCAUGGCGGGCAAGCACGGGGGCAGCUCCAGCAGCCGGGCACAGCACGACAGCCGCCACCGCCAGCUCUACAACAUCCCCGGUGUGAACAUUGCUUACCUGAACCCGGGCAACGUGAGCGGGCAGAAGGGCUCCAGCCUGGCCGACCGGCAGCGAGAGUAUCUCCUCGACAUGAUCCCGCCGCGCUCUAUAUCUCAGUCCAUCACCGGCCAGAAAUAAUCCCGACCUCCCCACACCACCUUCCCUUGCCUACCCAUCAUGCACCUGACCUAUGGCAAUGACCCCCCCCCCCCCCCCCCCCCCCCCCACCGUGAGCCCACUCCAACAGCGCCCGUCGCAUGCAGUGCCUGUUAGUCCGCCUACCCACCAAACUGUAAGAGCGACACAAUCAAAAAUGCUUAGUUAAAAAAAAGUAUAUAUAAAUAUAUAUAUAAAAAACCCAGAUGACCUGAAGUCACUUUUGACGGAGGGAGGAAACCAUGCAAAGCUUUUUUUUUUGUUCUUCUCCAGUAUUGCCACCAUAAUGUCCAGCUCUCCCAUUACCUGUUACCCGACAGAGAAUUCUGUCUUUCAUCAUAUCAGAACUUUACGCUUGUGUGUGUGUAUGGAUGUUUGUUUGUGUGUUUGUGUGAGUGUGUGUAAGUGCACACACGUGUGUUUGAGAGGCCAUGUACUCUAUUUCUUGCGAUAUUUUAUGUCAAGUGUUACUGUCUUAAGUUGUGUUGUGGAAGUCAGAGGCCUGUCUCGGGAAGGCAAACCCUUUCGCGGACGGACCUUUUUGAUAUCUGUGUCAAGCAUGCAUUUCUCUGUGAAUGCGUGCAGCACUGAGUGACUCUUAUAGAUCUGCAGCUGGACGCACAGACCAGGCACCACCAACGGUGUUUUUUUUGAACGGCAAUCUCUCUCUCUAGGAAAAAAAAAAGCAAAGAAACAACAAACAUCUUCAUGAUAAAGCCUUAUCCACACAGCUGGAAAAGACUAGAGUGAUCUUUUUAAAAUAAUGACAGAUUGCGUUUUUGAAGAAAAAAAAAAAAAAAUUGCAACUUACUUGGCAAUACUUAAUUAAGUUGUCUGAAAACUUGGGCUAAUAUUUUGGUACCUCUCCCACCCCCCCUCCUCCUUGUACUGUCUAUUUCUUUUAUCCUUGAUGUUAUUUGGUUUCUUAUGGCCACCUCGUGGAGAACAGCCGAUACAAACUCGGACCCCAGAAACUAUCUUGAGGCUGAACUUUUAAAGACGAACGAACCCUGGAAGAUGUCGGAAUGCAGCGCUCAACACUAAAAGUUUGCGACGGUGUUUUUAUCCCGAAGGAGAAAGCCGUGGUCUUUGCUCCUCGCUCCGUCUCCAUGUCUUUGUGUGGUCAGACACUUCAAUCAGAAUGACGAGUCACACUGUUCUGCCCAGGCAAGGACACAGCUGUUCUCCGUGGCCAGAUGGAGAGGAUGGACACAUGUCUGAGGUUGUCAGUCUCUGGGAGAACCCUUGUAUAUAAUGUACCUAUUUAUGGACUUAAAAAUAUGCGAGUACGGGUGCCUUUUCCCUGGUCUCUCUGCUAGCCCUUAGCUUUUUUUGUUUGUUUGUUUGUUUGUUUGUUUUCGUCUUCUAAUCGCUCAAUCUUAAUGGUCCCAGUUUCACCCAUUUAUUUGUCGUCAUCUAUUAUUAUUAUUAUUAUAAUUAUUAUUUCUUUCUUUUUUUGGGGGGGUGGGGCAGCUUUCAAAGUUUAUUUUCUUACUAGUGGUAAGAUUAGUGUUUGGCUUAAGCCUGCAUAUGUGCAGCGUCUUCUAUAGAUUGUUUUCUGGUACCUGAAAGGUACCUUUCUGGAAGACGAUAAUCAGCUCAUUAUGAGAAUAAAAAAAGCACCUGUAGGGAUCAUCUAUAGCUUGUAAGACUCUACAAAGCAAAUUCAAGGGCAGCAAUUUAUGGGUAUGACAAAGUUACAAUGUUACACAUUAAUACUUGCGAUGAGUGUUUUUUCCCCCCCAGUAUUUGCAUUUUGGGGGUUUAUAGGACAAAAGGUAUUAUUGAGAGUACCUUUGAAAUUCUGGGCCUAUGCUGCAAUGUUUUGAUAAGGAACUGAGUUGUGUACACCGUAUGUAUAAUGGUGUAGCUCUCCCCCCAGGUUACAUUCUCUCAACUCCUAAAUGGUCAUGAUGUUGUUGUUUUUUUUAAGACACCUGGUAAAGAUUGUACAAUAGCAUAUUUGUCUCUUGUAACCCCAAGGGAUGACUAGUGAUUCUUGUUUAUGAUAGAAAUUCAGAUGGCUCCGCAUGCUUGAUUUUUAAAUUUUUCUUUCUUCAAAUUUUGAACCUUUACAUACCUCCAUGUAUCAUUAUGCGUUGUGAGUUCAACUGUAUUUGGAGGCAAUUGUCUGGGCAUUGCGUGCAGAGCAGCAUUAUGGGCGUGCCCUUACUGGUACACUUAAGCAGCAGGUGCAAUAUUUGGAGAAACAGGGAGGAUGCUAAUCACAAGAGAGUCCAUUUUUAUUUAUUUUUUAGCAAGAUCUAAUGCUCCUUCAGCCCACAGAUAGGACUUUUUAACGUUCAUUAAUCUGUCACACUAUUGUAGUGUAUAUUCUUCUAUGUGCAUCUGUGUUUGUGAAAGAAAAAAAAAAAAAAUACCCCAAUAUUCAUUUCUGCAUUUUAUACCGUUUUUAGUCCAUUUGAUUUCCUUGCUUUUUUUUUUUCUUUCAAAUAUCCAAUUCAAUCUCAGCAUUGGUAAACCUGUUUACAGUAUGGCAUAAAAAGACAACAAUUGCUUAAAAGAGUUAUAAAGAUGUAUUGUAAAUAAGCCUUUUCUCCUUUGUAGAUUGAAAUCAAAACAGUUGUAUAUUGUGUAGAAAUGCAAAUCAAAAGCCAUGGAUAUUGUGAAACUUGUCGUUUGGCUGUGAUCACUGUGUAUUGUGCAACAAGUGUUCAAACAAAUGAGUUUUUAAAACAUUUUUUUCUUUCACUGUAAUGAUCCGACUUCAUUUACAUCACUAGUGUAUUUUUUGUACUCUGUAGUGGCAGUAUGAUAAUUGAUUUGUUUGAUCUAUUCAAAAAAAAUGUUUGUCUGAACUAGUAAUAGGUAAACUAAUCUAUUCCAUCUGCUUUAUUUAUGUCAAUAGAACUGAAUGCUGUUUUUGAUUUAUGAAUGAUUUGAAAAACACCCAGUUACACACCUAGUCAGGUCUCAGUCAGAUGAGAGGGUGGAAGGAGUUUGAGCCAGCAAUGGGGUGGGGCGGGGCGGGUUGCAUGGCCCAGUCACUGAGAGAAAGUCCCAGUGUCUGAUGGUCUUUCUUUCCAGUGCUCAUUCGAUUUGCUAUCAGCAGUGUAGUGGUUUCUGUAUCUCUCCUGAACCUUUGGCACUCUUGCAGGAACAUUCAAAUUGAAUGUAGACACUGAUGGAUGGAGACAGGAGUUAAUAGACUCUAUUUCUUUCUUUCUUUCUUUUGGCAAAUAUUGGCCUGUCUGUUUUCAAAGUUAAAAUGAUAUGACAGAAUUCUACAAAAUAAAUGAAAAGCAUAAAGAAUCUCA